CUUGAUUAGAAUAGUAUCAAUAUCCAUCGCAUGUAAUCUUAUAAUUAAAAAUGAUGUUAACAUUGUUGUUAGCGAUGUGUAUGUGUUGUUACCCACUUGAAACUAUACAACAAGAGGGACCGGACCCUUGGCACAAUAACAAUGACGCAAUACUUCAACAAAAGGAGAAUAUUGAUGUUACACCUGAUCUGAGGAUGCCUUUGCCUCAGGUUAGGACUACAGAAACCGCAAGUACAGGGAUGAGAGACUGGUUCUUUAAACGAAUGCUAGCCAUUAUAUUAAAAGGAGGACAAUAUAAAAAAAACGAAGACAACUCAGUUGAAGUUGCUGUUCAAAUGCGAUUUGACGAGAGUCAAUGGACCACUUUAAAUGAUUACCUCAAUCCAAAUGUAGCUCUGUCUGAGGAAAUAUUCCGUCGCUCAGUGGGAUAUGUGGAGAAUGCCAUUUACAAGCCUAGUGUUUCAGAGAGAAUAGUUAUGGUGUGGAAUGAUUACAUCCAAUUUUAUUUGGUGGAAUAUAAGAUGGAAAUCACAAUGGCAUUUGGAAUAUUAGCAGCUGCCAGUGCAAUGAUGUGGCUGUGGAAUCAUAUGUCCCAUAAACACUUCAAGAUUAUUGCUUUCAUUGCACUAUAUUUAUAUGAAGUAUUUGUUUCAUACAAAGAGGCUGAGCAACACGAAUUUGACCGUUACAUGUCAGCAAUUAAUAAAUGUAAAUGGUAUUUCUGGUCAUCCACCUGUGAUGUGCCACCUCCCGACCCUAUCAAGUUCUUGAAAUAUAUGAACCCCUUGAAAAUAGGUGUGAGGAUGUUUACUACAAUUAUAUCUGAACCCAUGAUCACUAUAAGUGCUACAGUGCAGACAAUAAUUCAUGGGAUAACAGAUGGCAUGUGGUUUCCCCUGAAUGUGAUAAUGACAGGUUUAUUAACUGUGGCUUUUACUGUUAUAUUAGUUGUUCUUCUUGUGAUGAUAGUAUUUACCUAUAUACUUAACAUUCCCUUUAAUCUUAGUUUUCUAUGUGGUUUGUUUAGCAUUGGCGUGAAUGAAAAACGUGAUAGGACUAAUACAAGUAACGUAUGCGGUAAUCAAAUACCUAGCAUAGAUGGUGGCGGAGAUCGGAUAAGCAGCGCCACUCUAGAUAGGAUAUUAGAUGUAUGCACGCGGGCACUUACUAGUGCACAAAUUAAUAAUACAAGUUCUACUCAAAUCCCACGAAUCCAGGCUACAAGACCUCUUCAUAUUAGUAAUGGAACAGUACCAACAACUUCUUUAAAGAGGUCUUCUAGCACUGGACGUUUGCAAGAGUAUAAAUCUUACGAUCAUGACUUUGAACUGCCUGGUAGACAUUCUGUAGUUAGAAAAAGAAAUCACGGGAAGACAAGAUUAAAUAAUGGCAGUGGUGAUGCCUUUUAAAAUAUAUGGACCUAAAUGAGUAGAACUAAAAGUUAUGUGGGAAUCAAAUUCCGUUUGAUAUUAUAUUAUACACAGGGCCGUAGGAGACAGGGUGGAAAUAGCAUCAACUAGUAAAAAAUGUAGACUGAAAAAAAAAGUACCGGAUCAUAAGAAAUCAAGUAGUGGGUAACAGUGUUUUAUUCCACCAUGUAACAGAGACCCUAGUCUAGCUACGGCCCUGUUUUGUAGAAUAAGGCAGAUAUAAUAAAAUUAUGUUCGACUAACUGUGAUAUUUUUUAAUUAAAAUUGAUACGUUAUUUAUGUUAGCUUUUUACCAGUGUUAUGUAAAUAAUGACUAGGUUUAUUUUUGAAUGAAAUGUAUAUAAAGUUAAUAAGGUACCUACACUAUUUGCAUUUAUAUUUGUAAUUGAAUUUUUACUGAAAAUAGCUAGGAGGCUAUGGUGCUAAGGCGCGUACAGAUUGAGAUCUAGCGAAUGUGCGGUUUGCGCCUUGCGUGCGUCAUCCAUGCGCGCAUCGCUCGGUUUUGCGCGCCUUAUUAACGCAACUCGUGUUACCGCCACAGGGGCUGGUAGCUCGGAUAAAAGGAGAUAAUUGUAUCAUGUGAGCGAGCGUCGCGCCACGACGCAGGAGCUGGAGGCCAAUUCGAACGUACACUAUCAAAAUGAUAUCUAAUAUCAUGUAAUUACCAAAAAAAAAAUGUAUCAUGUUAUGUAAUUUAGUUAUCAUGCGCGCGUGCAUUUUGCUCGGACUUGUCCGUACCUACACGAAUUAGCGCGAGCGAGACGCACGGGCGAAAGAGAACAAAAUGACAUCAUUUGCAUAUCAUUUUGAAAUGUAAGCUUGAUUUUCCUCUUGCACGGAAUCGAACGUACCACGUAAUGCAGACCUACCGAGAUUCUAACGUUGUCAACUACUGACUUAAUUAACAGGAAAAAAACUGCAUGCACUAUUUCAGAUGAAAUUUAAUAACUUUCCUAUCAAAAUAUCUAUUAGUUCUUUUUUUCAUCCCUUUCAUUUGGGUAAUGUACUCUAUGGCUAAACGAAUGUUUGGUAUAACUUGCUAAUUCAUUGUUUUAAUGAUAUUUGUGUAAAACUUUUAUAUUUUAAUAAAGUCCUAGUCAAUUUAA